AUGUCCAUUCCAGCCUCGAUUGUAUCUCAUCCCAACCCGAGCUUUUUCCACGAGUUCUUGUACGAAUAUGAAAAAUACGUCUUUCCCAUGAGUCCAGUCAUUCCCGCAAAGGACGUUGAAAGGAUGAUCUCCCAGAUGAACGAAAGCCGUGAUGCAGCGUCUUUUGUGUACAUUUUCGCUGCUGUCACGCUGAACUUGACGCGCGGAGAGCCCGUCCAGGAGGCACCCGCGACGCGCGAGCGCAUCGCGACGCUGCUGACUCGGUCGCUGGAACACCGACGGCCACUGGUAUUUGACACUCAGCCUAAUAUUGUCUCCGUCAUGACGAGUCUUUUUUCUGAAAUGUGCAGUGUCGGGCUUCGGCGUCUGGACAUGGGAUUCUUCUAUCUGCGAGAAGCUAUCUCCUUGUUGUACAUGCUUCAUGCACAUUCUGACGAGACCCUGAAUGAGAUUGACAUGCCGGAGCGAGCACAGUUGCAACGUGCUUAUUGGGAGUGUUUCAUACAUGAGCGUUUCACGGCUCUGACUUACAGCCGACCCCCUUGUCUGAGUGCACUGCAAGGACUACCAGACCAUGACCCAACACUGCCCGAAGAUGUCGAGAUCGGGUUCAAUCACAAUAUCAACAAUUUCUGCCUGGUUGACCGUGAAUUUCUACAGUACUGGCUCGGAGAAAAAUCUGGCGUGGGCUCUGAGUGGAUUGAAAACAAGCAGCUUCAGCUGGAGGACAAUACUUGGCACCGUCAAGUCUCCAAAUUACCCGGGAUGAUGCAGGCUGAUCUGAUCAUCACCCGACAUUGGCUUCGGACCCUCACUUGGCAGAUUGCGUUAUCAAAUACUCUGCUCUCCUCCUCGCCAGACUCAUCAUUGCUCUUAUCGCUCUCAUUUCCCCUUCGCUUAUCGAAUCAGCUGCGACAAUUUCUGGUCGGCAUACCCCGCGACAUGGUAGGAAUUCAUGGAUCUGGAAUCCUCGAGAAACUCUUUGAGAUUGCCAACGUCAUUACAGACGUGGUCCUUCAUUUUCCGCAUGCCCGUGGAGAGGAAACCAUCCAGCGAAUUCACGAUAUUGUCUUUUUGAAGAACUUUGUCUACUCAUUUGCGGGGUUCCAGACCUUGCGGCCGGCCAUGCUGACACGGAAAUUUGAAAUGAUUCGAGACAAGUAUCCUGAAAUCAGGGAGAUUGAGCUGCUCUUGUGA